CACCUGUGGCCUGCAAGGCGCGUCUUUCAAAUGUGACACAAAUAUAGAGGUGCCUUAUUUUGGUAGGGCUGAGGCGUCAAGGCUCUUCAGCUAGGGGUGGUAGCGCGACAGGCAGAGAUGAGAGUGGGAGGUCCUCUGUGGCGUGACGUCGCGAUUGGCCCGGUGCCUUUUUCUUCAGCAGGGUCUCCAUACCUCUCUCUCUCCCUCUGUGAUCAGUGGGCGAGAGGGGGGAGACGAGCAACACACAGCGGAGAAUCCGGGUGUGCGCCUCCGUCAUCAUCAUUAUCAUCAUCCUGCUUGCCAUCGUCCUUUUCCAUCACAGCGCCAGUUCUGGAACAGCCCACUUCGGUCCUGGAGACGCCCGAGUCUGCAGUAGCAGCAGCAGCAGCAGCAACAGCAGCGCGAUCUGCGUUUUUCCCUCCCCAGCCUUUUAUCUGAAUGACGGGCGGAAGGUUUGACUUCGACGACGGUGGUACUUACUGCGGGGGGUGGGAGGAUGGCAAAGCCCACGGGCACGGCAUCUGCACCGGACCCAAGGGCCAGGGCGAAUACGCCGGGUCCUGGUCGCACGGCUUCGAGAUCGUAGGGGUGUACACCUGGCCAAGCGGGAAUACCUACAAGGGCUACUGGUCCCAGGGGAAGCGGCACGGGCUCGGCGUGGAGAAUAAAGGCAGGUGGAUCUAUCGAGGAGAGUGGAGUCACGGCUUUAAGGGUCGCUACGGGGUCCGGCAAAGCCACAACACACCUGCCAGAUACGAGGGGACCUGGAGUAACGGGCUGCAGGAUGGAUAUGGGGUCGAAACGUACGGCGAUGGCGGAACCUAUCAAGGCCAAUGGAUGGGUGGGAUGCGUCAUGGUUAUGGCGUCCGUCAGAGUGUUCCCUAUGGCAUGGCCACCGUCAUCCGUUCCCCGCUUCGUACGUCCAUGGCCUCUCUGCGCUCUGAGCAGAGCAACGGUGCAGUCCUCCAUGACCUCUCCUCCCCUGUGGACACGCCGACGGGCACUCGCGGUGGUUUCGUCCUCAACUUCCACUCAGACAGCGAGGUCGUCACCAGCAAGAAGAAGGGCCUGUUCCGCCGGGGUUCGCUUUUCGGCAGCCUUAGGCAAUUGCGCAAGUCUGACUCUCGGACCUCUAUCUCCAGCAAACGCAGCUCCGCAAGGAGCGAUGCCACCAUGAGCCGAAUCAGUUCCAGCGAUGCCAACUCCACCAUAUCAAUCGGUGAUGGCGAGCUGCCAGACGAGGACCUACCUCUGGAGGACCACGUGGAUGCGACCACGACUGAGACCUACAUGGGGGAGUGGAAGAAUGACAAGCGUAAUGGAUUUGGUGUUUCGGAGAGAUCCAACGGGAUGAAAUAUGAAGGAGAGUGGCUUAACAACAAGCGUCAUGGCUAUGGGUGCACUGUUUUCCCAGACAGCACCAAAGAAGAAGGGAAGUACAAAAAUAAUGUGCUGGUGCGUGGAAUAAGAAAGCAGUUGAUUCCUCUUAAGAAUCCCAAAACCAAAGAGAAGGUAGAUCGCGCUGUGGAGGGGGCACAGCGGGCUGCAGCCAUUGCGAGGAGUAAGGUGGAAAUAGCCGCUUCCAGGUGAAUGUGAUGUGACCUUUUCAUCCAGAGUCCCCCCUACCACCGAUCUCCACCACCACGCUGGGGCUCACAGCAUUGCUUUGACAUCCUCUGCUUUCAUUGCAUCAGGGAAUUGUAUGAGUGAUGACUUAGGGAGCGAGUACAAGCUGGGAAAAGGGUUUUAUGCAAUCAGGCAUGGCUGAUUUUGUUCCUGCUCUCCGAAGGGGGGCACAUAAAUUUGCAUGCAUAAACAUAUCAACGACAAUUUAUGAAAUUCAGAAGCUCAGAUGUGUGAGUGUAGUUUAAACACAUGGUUAAAUCACAGCACAAUAACUGAUCAUUUGUUGUUCAUCCUCACAACAAGCGUAGCAAUAUGUGUGAAGCUAACAAAACUUAGAUCUUUCUUGGACUGCUUAAAAUGUUUCAACAUUUUAUCUGUGAACAUACUGUAUCUCCCUUUAAAACUUAAAAAAAGGAAUUGAGCUGUUCCCUUACAGGUAAAGUUCUUACAUAUAUUUGGCUUAUUGUCUAUGUCUGCAAAAGUUUGUGCCAUGUGACUUAAGUAGGCUGCUUCAUGAAAGAGCUGAACAAUUUUGGAUAUGCUGAUGUCCUGUCAUCAUCUUCAUGUAUGUAAUAUAAAUGUGCAGCUUUUAUUGUUUUAUUAUUUCGUUUUCAGGGUGGAAUAAGCAAAUCUUUUUUGGUCUACACAAAAUCAGUAUUGUGAGUACAUGCACAAUUAUGUCCCACUAAUAUGUAGAUAAAUGUGCCUUAGCAAACGGAAGUCAUCACUAAGGUCCUAGCAUGAUUGGCCACUCUUCUUACCAGAUUUGGUUUAUUUUCAUUGGUUGGUUUCCUGGAUGCCAAGGGCCAAGUACUUGUUUACUUGGUCUUUAUAUUCUAACUCUGUACGGAUAAGAAAAAAUCAGUUGUAAUUCUUCUUUUUUUUUUUUAGCAUUUUUUUAAACCCGGGUAAAAGAAAAGUUCAAAUUCAAAUAAUUGAAACCCUCAAAUUAAGAAGGCGGAGGAGAAUGUAAGCGUCUCAUUGAACCCAACUUUUUUGUUUUUCUGUCAUAGUUCAAAUAGUUUUUUCAAAAACAAUAAGAGCCUUGUUUUGUUAUGAAUCACUAAGAGCCUUGUUAGAGUACUCUAGAUAUGUUUAUUCUGCCUUUAGGAGUUUAUAAUCUUUGAGCAAAGCUAGUCACGUCAGUAAAGAAAGCAGACAUGGCACUUUGAUGCAUUUAGUUUUGACAACAUAGGAAUUUAAAGAAGCACACACAUCAACUUGUUAGGCAGAAGUUUGCUCAAGAUUCUACCUAAGAUUUCACUGACAUAGUUAUUGGAUAAGCAAAGCUGUUUCAGUCAGGCGUAUGGUUCACAGGUUUUCUGCAAAACAUUUAAGAUUGGCUUUAAGUAACUGUUUUAAAAGACAAAACUGCACAAUAAUAGCAGAGACUUUGAAUGCAAGGUAUUUAUGAUAGUAUAUAAUUGUUAUUCUAAGAAGAAUAUGCUUAUUUGAGUUCAAAGAUGUAAAAAAAAACACAAGGCUGACUGGACAUGUUUAAUGUAAAAUGUCUUUAUUCCUAUUUUGUCAACGAAAGAACCUGCAUUAUGGUGAGACUUCAUGCAUGUCAGUGAAGGCCACUGGGCUUGAAAUAAUCAUACUGGGAAUAGAGAAAAAUGGCGGAUGCUUUUAAAGCAAGAGAAAUCUGAUCUCCUCUUUGGUUGUUUACACAGGGAAUCGACAGGAAAAGGAUUCAGUUUGUACAAAGUGUUUAUAUCAGACAGCAAGGUUCCCUCUGCUGAACUGAGUGAUCAAAUUACAGUCUGCAUCAUGCACUGAAGUCUUCAAACUAUCUGCCUUUUUUCAAGAUAUUUUUUAAGAUCACAUUUGUGUUCUGAACUCCACAGAACGGCGAGUUGUAAGCACGUUAUGUAAGUCUGGUUGUACAGUACAGUGCACUGUGAAAGAUGCACUCGUAUUGAUCUGGUCCUAGUCACAUGACUCUCUGUCUUUGAUUGUGCAGCAUUCCCAGAGGACGCAGAGGGAAGCAUGCGAGCUGAGGGAGAUGUCGGAGAGUAAAAUGGAUUAAAUCGUACGGGUUCUAAUAGAGCACGACUGGGGAAGCUGCAUGUUUGCUGAGCUGAUGGUUUCUGAAGAGGAGGGCUGAAGUGAUGGAGGAUCAUGAGGGGGAGACAAGGGGCAUGGAGAGUAACACUCCCCUGUGGUUUUACAGUAGAGAGGAGCUAUCCCAUCCGCCUCUAGGAUGGAGCUGAUGACCUCAUGCUUGUGAUGAGCUAAUCAAUAGAGAGCCAGUGUGAUGCAGUGGAGUGAAGUUCUCUGUCUCUCAUUCACAGUUAUUGUGCCCACCUAUCUUUGCAAAAUGGACACUUUCACUAAGUCCGCGGCGAGUGCGUGUGUGGGCGUGUGUUUGUGUGGCUUGGUUAAAUGAGGCCUGGGAACCGAGAUAAGUGACCAGGCGGCUGAAAGGUUCACAGACUCAUGAAGCUUCUCCCAUGAAUCGUUUUUUGUUACAGUUCAGCAGUUUAGGUAUCUUGGUAACUCAGCAGUUUUGCUGUAUGUACACACAGAGUGUGCAUGGUACUGUGUGAUCACCUUUGUUAUCUCAGCUUCCUAUAUAAAUCUCCUCUGAAUGUGUACGAAGACCAGAUGUUUAAAUGACUACCCAGGUGCAUGUCAAUCGAUCAGAAUGACAUCAACAUUUUAAUAAGAUUUUUUACACAAAAAGAAAUGUAUCUAGCUAAUGUCAAGAGCUUACAAUUAAUGAAAACUUCAAAUUAUUUUUUUUUUUUAGAAAAAAACACUUUUAAUGUUUUAUGGUCGUUUUAUGACCAACGCACAAAGAGAGCACAAUUGACUCAACAGUUUUCCAGCAUAGAGCCCUUAAGAAAGAGAAGUUAGUUCCUAAAGAAGCAAGGUGCUGUGUUCAAGUAUAGUAAUGGCAAGUUGAGUAGAAGAUAAAAAUGGGGGAGGGAAAAUGUGCAGAAGCAAAUAUCUUGGGAGGAGAAAUAAUUCACAAAACAAAUUAGACGAGCUAAAGAUGGCUGCUAUUUAAGCAACCUGGCCUGAACCAAGCCAUAGGAUGGAAGUCUCCUUGCCACAUCGUUGCAGUGAUUUAUGCUAAAUAAGCCCCAACAAGGUAUUUAGUUCAGUACAUAAAACACUUUUCAGUGGGCUGAAAUUUCUGUUUUGUAAAUUCUCUUUUUUUGUCUUAUGUUCUUAUUGUCUAAAAUACUGAAUUCCACAUUUUCUUUUUCUGUAAGCCAUGAUAUUUAAAAUCAACAAAAAAAUCCCUUUUUUGUAUUAAACAGUGAUUUGACUAAUAUCAA